CCGUUAAACAUGGACCAAGCACACGGCAUCUCCACUUUCCUCUAAUCACACGUAAAUCACCUCUCUUUUUUAACUUUCUUAAUUACUUUCAAAAUUUAAAAAAUAAAUAAAAAUGAAAGAAAGAGUUCACUUCACACUCCUCCACCAUCAACUUCGAGCGCUAACUUCAAUAUAAAUUUUGAGAAAAAUUAGAAAAAAAAACAGAACAAAAAUCCACCGCCUACCUUAGCAACUUCCUCUUUCACUGAUCGCAAAAUGACCUCCAACCUCAGUUCUUUUUCACGCGCCACCCCUCUCUUCCCUAAAACCACCCCACAGCAACUGUUUUUACCAUUUGAACAACCUGUAUUACCACCCAAUAAAACAAGCAGCUACAGAGCUAAGGCUUCCAUUAACAAUGGCGAAUCGUAUCUUGACAUGUGGAAGAGCGCCGUUGAUCGCGAUAAGAAGUCCGUUGAGUUUCAAAAGCUGGCCGAGAGAUUUUCCCAAAUUGAUAACACCAGUGAUUCUACUAGUGUUAAGAGAGAUGACGUCAACCGGAAAACUAAGGAUUUCAAGAAGAUUGUGGAUUUUUCUAAAGAUGAAAGAGACCGCAUUCAACGAAUGCAGGUUGUUGAUCGUGCUGCGGCCGCCAUCGCGGCGGCUCGUGCUAUUCUUAAGGAGAGGCGUUCAGAGAAUGCAAAUGUCGGAGAUAAUGGUAAUUUAGAGACUGAAAGCGGAGAAGGGACAACGAAUGAGAGCAUCUUUGUUUCUCGAUCUGAGACUUCUGGAAAUGGCGUGCCUGGUCCUGACUUUUGGACUUGGACGCCUCCUCCUGAUAAUAGGACUCAAUAUGAUUUUGAGUUGAUGGAAGCUCAGAAAUCUUCAGCAUCUCCCAUUUCGACAAGAAAUGUGGCGAUGAAAGAGCGAUCUUUGAGUUAUCUUGAUAUUCCACUUCAGAGUAAACUUUCACCAUCCGACCUCAACCCUCCUCUUCCUCCAUUGCAGUCACUGAUGGAGGUUAAGAAAGAAGAGGACUCUGAAUUUAGGCCGGAGAUGCCUUCUCUAAAAGAGGAAGAACGCGAACUUGACCUUGAGUUUACAGCGCAUGCAAUAGAAGCAGGUUAUGUUCUUGCAACUGAAAAGGAGGAUGAAGCUUCCAGUGGAAUGGAAUUAGAUGGAUCAAGGUGGUGGAAGGAGAAAGGAAUAGAGCGAAGACCCGAUGGUGUAAUUUGCAGGUGGACAAUGAUCAGGGGUGUCAGCGUUGACGAAGAUGUUGAGUGGCAAGAGAAGUUUUGGGAAGCUACUGACGAAUUUGGUUAUAAGGAGCUUGGUUCAGAAAAAUCAGGACGCGAUGCAACCGGAAAUGUAUGGCGAGAGUACUGGAGAGAAUCUAUGUGGCAGGAAUCUGGGCUUGUACAUCUUGAGAAAACUGCAAAUAAAUGGGGCAAGAAUGGAGAAGGUGACGAGUGGGAAGAGAAAUGGUGGGAACAUUAUGAUGCCUCGAACAAAGCUGAGAAAUGGGCACAUAAGUGGUGCACCAUUGACCCAACUAGGCAGCUUGAGGCUGGUCAUGCUCAUAUCUGGCAUGAGAGGUGGGGUGAGAAUUAUGAUGGCCACGGUGGUAGUAUGAAAUACACUGACAAAUGGGCUGAGCGAUGUGAGGGUGAUGGUUGGACAAAAUGGGGAGACAAAUGGGAUGAACAUUUUGAUCCAAAUGGUCAUGGUGUCAAGCAAGGUGAAACAUGGUGGGCAGGUAAGCAUGGAGAACGGUGGAACCGCACUUGGGGUGAGCGCCACAAUGGUUCUGGAUGGGUUCACAAGUAUGGGAAGAGCAGCAGCGGGGAGCACUGGGACACGCAUGAGGAGCAAGAGACUUGGUAUGAGAGAUUCCCACAUUACGGUUUUUAUCACUGCUUUGAGAAUUCAGGCAUCCUCCGGGAAGUGCAGAUUCCUUCUGAUAGUCAUGAACUAUAAAUUGUUUUUCUAUCUGAUCAUCCAUUUUUCUUUGGUGUUGUAAUUAGUUUAUGGCUCCUCACGAAUAGAACCAGUAUUACAUAGGAAAUCUGCAGAAGCUUUUUCUGAUAUAAGAGCUUGGACUUACUUUCAGAAAUAAAGUUCUUUUUCAUUA